AUGCCUCAGAAGACAGAUCUAGUCUUCGUUCGUAAACCCUGGUGCUCGCGCAAGAAGAGACGCGUGAGCUUAUGUCAACGGAAGAAGCGGAAGCGAACCAAGAAACGCGAAAGAAGACACGAGAGACGAGCGCCGGCUUUCGUUCGAGAUCACGUUCCUGAAUCUCAACAACUGCUGAAGCUGCUGCUCACAUCCUGGUUCGACGUCGACAAUCUGGCUCAAGCGACCCUGCCGUCCGGAUGA